UCAAAACAAAUGGCCGAAUGGAUGAUAAGCAUUGAAUGGAUCCAAAUAAUGUAAAUUUAUUGGAAAAGGAAAUUUCAUAUAAUUCAGUUAUACCUCUUAUAUAUUGUUUUCAUGCAACACGUUGAAUUAUUAAUUUGAAUUCCUAUGAAUAUACAACAAUAAGCAACAAACAAGUUCUAAAAAAAUUAAAAAUGUCUUUGCCAAAAUAUACAUUCACCCUAAAUGACGUCAUAAGAGAAAAUAAAGUAUCUCAAGAAGAAGUCACCGAAAUCAGACUUUGGAUGGUAGCAGUGAAUCUGCCAGUCGUUUCAGAUGAGAUGAUAGCUACCUUCGUUAUUGCUUGUAAGAGAGAUGUGGAAAAUACCAAAAAAGCUAUUAUGGGCUACUUCAUUUCCAAGAAUAAAUCUCCAGAAAUAUUCAAUAGCUGUGAUGUGGACAGAGAUGAUUUGAGAUUAGCAACAAAUACUAUACAUCACAUAUCAAUACCUGUAAGAACUGAUGAUGAUUCUGUUGUACAUAUGUUCAGACUGAAUGACACCAGUUACAAAAAUUUUCAUUUCGAUGCGGUAGCAAAAUUAGCUUUCAUGCUAGUUGAUAUAACACUGAAUACAAAAAGUCCUCCAAGUGGAUUGAAGGUUGUUAUAGAUGCUAAGGGGGCCGGUUUGAUGCAUUUAACACGAUUCAAAUUGAAUUACCUGAAAAGGUUCAUUGAAUACCUACAAGAGGGGAUGCCUCUCAACAUGAGAGAAAUACAUGUAAUCAACACAAUAUAUCUAGUGGAUAAAAUUCUCUUCAUGAUGAAACCCUUUAUGAAACCUGAAUUGUACAAAAUGCUUCAUCUACAUCCAAAUAAUACGAACAUGGAAGAAUUCUCAAAAAAUCACGUACCCAAAAAAUGUCUACCAAGUGAUUACGGUGGUGAUUUACCAUCAUUUGCAGAACUGAACCAGGUAACAAUAGAGAGAUACAGAGAACUAAAAGAAUACUAUAAAGAUGAGGAAAGCAUCAGAAAAAAAUGGAUAACAAAUUAAUUAAAUAAAUAAAUUAAGUGAUAUUA